CUUUGAUUUAAGUCCGCCAGCAGGUUCAUCACCUCGAGGCCGACCCGUCCAUCAACAGGAUGGAGUUCCGACAUGGGGCCGGUGUGGAGGAGCCGUGUCCGGUGUGUGGAGAUAAAGUCUCUGGUUACCACUACGGUCUGCUCACCUGUGAGAGCUGCAAGGGUUUUUUCAAAAGAACCGUCCAGAACAACAAGAAGUACACGUGCGCGCACAGCCAGAGCUGCCGAAUCGAUGUGAGUCAGAGGAAGCGCUGUCCGUGCUGCAGGUUCCAGAAGUGUCUUCAUGUCGGCAUGCGGCUGGAAGCUGUUCGGGCAGAUCGGAUACGAGGUGGCAGGAACAAGUUUGGCCCCAUGUACAAGCAUGAUCGCGCCCUCAAGCAGCAGAGAAAGGCCAGUGGAUUCAGAAUAGCCAGCAGUCCACCACUGGGCUCCUCAACCCAGCAAAGAGACUUGACCUUUACUCGUGGCCCUCAUCCAGUUCCCAUCCUUCCCUGCAACCCAGCACCCAUUGCACAGAGCCAUGGUAUCAGCUACCAGCUUCCAACACUGAGUUCACUCCUGCCAUCCCACUCACCCGGAGUCCAGCAGUACCAGUAUACCGCCUCCUCAAACUGGACCAUCAAGUCAGAGCAGGGCAACAACUCGGCCGCGGGAUUCGACUCAGAUGAGCUAUGCUCAAGACACCUCCCUCUGCGCGGCCUGAGGAUGCCGCAGCUAGUGACGGAGUUUGUGCGCUCUGAUCCAGAUGAGCUGCAGCUUCAGAAAAAGAUCACCGCUCGCCUCCUGCAGGAGCGGACGGACUGUGAGAAACACGGAAACCCCAGCAACUUUGGCCUGAUGUGUCUCAUGGCCGACCAGACGCUGUUCUCCAUCGUUGAGUGGGCUCGCACUUCCAUCUUCUUCAAACAACUUAAGGUGAAUGACCAGAUGAAGUUGCUCCACAGCUGCUGGAGUGACCUGUUGCUUCUGGAUGUCAUCUCCAGACAGGUCCUGUAUGGCAAAGAAGGCAGCCUGCUACUGGUCACUGGGCAGGAGAUGGAUCUGUCCGACGUGGCCUCCAACGCUGGUGUGGCCGGACUAAUCCAGAGAGGACAGGAGCUGGUUGAGAAGCUUCACAUCAUAAAAGUGGACCGCCAAGAGUUUGCCUGCAUUAAGUUCAUCAUCCUCUUCAACCCAGAUGUGAAGCAGCUGGAGGACCAUCAGUUCAUAGAGACCGUGCAGGAGCAGGCGGAAGGAGCCCUGCUGGAGUACACGCUGUGCACCUCCUCCCACCUCCUCGGACGCUUCGCUCACCUGCUGCUCUGUCUGUCCGAGCUACGCUCCCUCAGCUCCCUCGCUGAAGAAUACCUGUACUGCAAACACCUGGGGGGUGAGGUGCCGUGCAACAAUCUGCUCAUUGAGUUGCUCCAUGCAAAGCUGGGCAUGAGCACUCAGGGGCUUUGUGAGUGUCCGCAGCACGGAGGCAUUAAGCUGUGUUAGAUGUUGAAUACCAUGGGAAUAUCCCUGAUGUUGUUCUCUGCUUUGAAACGGAAUUUCCCCAUUAAUAGGAAUAAUUAAAUAAUAUUGUAAAUUAGACUUUUAUCCCGUGAAACCACUUGUAAGCUUAAAGGAAGAUAAUCUGACAACAUCACUGUUUUUACAGUAAUAUUUUGCUCCUAUAAGUGUCCUUCAGCUACAACCCACAGGUUAUUUGCAUAUUAUUAUCAUGCUGUUCUCAAUAAAAACAUGUUCAAAUGUUGA